AUGCACAUUGGCGGCUUCGGUGCUGCGUCCGUGACGUGGGCGAUGCAGCGGCCGCGGAAAAUUUUGGGCAAUUUUCAUUUGCGCGCUCGGGGUGCGGGGGUGGUUUUUUUUGGUCCGGGGCGCAGCGGACAGGGCGCGGCGCGCUCUCUGCUCGACAUCGCCGCCGCCGCGGGCCCCGCCGCGCCGCCCCCGGGCACCCCCGCGCCCCCGCGCUUUCAUCUAGAAUCCCCCAGAGCGUCCUCCGAACACCCGAUACCUAAAAGUCCGAAUUAUCGGCCCGAGACCACGCGCACCGGCCGACGAAGGGCCGCCGCCCAUAUGCCCACCACACCGCUUCCAUUACAUGUCCGGUACUCUAACUCGUCUGAUUACAAAUCGGAGUCCCACCUCGUUCGGAAACCGUCCAAAGUUGGGGCUUCGGGGCGCCGGGAAAGCGGGGAAAAUUGCCCGAAGAGGCCGGGGCGCGGUGGCGGGUGCGCAGCUUCGACAAUUUUU